CGGAAGCGCUCAUCGGUCUAAGUCUUGAGUCUUGAUUCGUGAGUCAAGCAAUUAUGAAUCCAGCCGAGUUUCUACGAGGUGUCAAGAAACUUCGCGAUCCGUGAUCCUACAUUCUUUGAUACGUGAACUCGAUCUCGCAAACGCUCGGCUCACAGCACCACCCUGGCUUCCUUCGCUGUUCCCCUACAGCCGGCUGUUGCCUUACAUCGUUGGCGCUGGUAAAUCGGCACCUCGCUCGGCACCUUCAGGAAACGAUCCUUCCCACUCCUUCCUACCCUCGGCCAGAUCGAUCGAGUAACGAUGGUGCUCUUGCCUGCUGCUCAAGCUACCUCUAGGCAAGCUGCCUCAUCGGUUCUGCGCCCAGCUACCGCGGCCGCGUCUCAGCAAUCCAGAGCUGUUCACGACUUGGUCAUCAAACGCCGCACCGGUCAGCCUAUCAUCCGCGCUGGCCCAUACGGAGGUGGUCGAUCGUCGGUGUCGGGUCAUGUCGCGACGGUGUUCGGCUGCACUGGCUUUCUUGGCCGAUACGUAGUGAACAGAUUGGCGCAGAAGGGCACUCAGGUCAUUGUGCCCUACAGAGAUGAGGACGAGAAGCGACACUUGAAGGUCAUGGGUGACCUUGGACAGAUCGUGCCGCUUGAAUGGGACAUUCGAAGCGAUGAGCAAAUCGAAGAGUGCUUGCGUCACUCUGAUGUGGUGUUCAACUUGACGGGGAGGAACUACGAGACCAAGAACUUCUCCUUCAACGACGUCCACGUCUCUGGAGCUCAGCGAAUUGCAGGAGUGGCGGAUGCAUGCGGAGUCUCGAGAUUGAUUCACGUGUCCCACCUGAAUGCCGACAAGAACAGUCCAUCCGCAUUCUUGCGCACAAAGGCAGAAGGAGAGGAAGCUGUGAACAGAGUCUUCGAGGGCGCGACUAUUGUGCGACCAGGAUCUCUGUACGGCCACGAGGAUCGCUUCCUGAAUCAAAUGGCAAGCUGGCCAAUCACCUGGCACGCAAACCACGGCCGAACAAAGCUGCGGCCAGUCCACUCUCUCGAUGUCGCGCAAGCCCUCGAGGUGAUCAUGGAUGCAGAAAAUACGUCCAUCGGACAGACAUUUUCUCUGGCAGGUCCGAAGACCUACACUGUCUCUGAGCUUCUCAACCUCGUCCAGUCUUUAACCUUCAGGAAGUUGGUUCGCCCCUCUUUGAACAUCCCCAAAGCAGUGCUGAUGCUCGCUGCCAAAGCAGGCGACAAGGUGUGGUGGCCCAUGCUCUCGCCGGAUGAGGUGACAAGACGCUACAUCGACGACUACCCCGACGCGCCUGGCACCAAGACCUUUGCCGAUCUUGCCAUCGAGCCAGACACCGUCGAGGAAGUUGCCAUCACGUAUCUUCGCAGAUACAGAUCUCAGCUGCAUUUCGAGAGGCCCAUCGAGACGGGUGGCGCACGCCUCAAAGGUGGCAAGCAGCCCUACAGAGUGGUGGACUAGGCUGUGCGUGUUUGCGGGGCGAGAGUCGAUCCGCUUUUCAGACCUCUGUUUGAUUCGAAAAGCAGCCGUCAUACAAUGCAAUCCAUAGACUGAGUAUGGGUGAG